CCAAGUUGAUAUAUAAGUUAGUGGUCCGUAUGGAGAUUGAUCAACGAGAGAAAUGAAAAACAUAAAAAAGAAAAAAGGAAGAAAACAGAGUUUUCGGUGCAGGAAGAUGCAUAUCCUGUUCGACUAAGGCACAAGCACAACAAUUUCUCAAGAAAACUUUUUCUUUUUUGGACGAAUUUUUCAACCGAAUUAAAGUUAUCGAUUAAUAUUCCUUGGUCUGCAGUUUGGGCACAAGGACUCGUGUUACCGUCUAAAAGCAGGACUCAAAUCAUUUGGCGCAAAACUCUGUUUUCUGAGGGUUUGUCCUGAAUUCAGGGUGAUGUGUGUUUUUUUACUUUCCAAUCUCCUGUUGCGUAAUUACGUACUAAUCAGCUAGCGGGGAUCGUGGAAAGAAAUAGCUGACUCAAUUUUAAAGGUUGAAAAGUAUCUUCUAAAUAAACUCUUGUAAAUUAAGCUGCCAUUUUCACUAAACAGGAAAACCCAAGCCCCAGGGAACAUCUGAGUGUAUACAAAACCACUGCUGCACCACUAUUGGAAUAGGUCUACAGUCUAAACCCUCCAAUCCCAAGCAAACCUUUAACUUGCUGGGUUCGGAAUGCUUGAUGUUCUAAUACCAGCCACCCAACCAUGAUCUUUGCCAUGCAAUAGCUGAUGAAAAUGGAACCUUGUGGGGCCAAAUUGCCAAGGUUUUACCCCUUUUUUUUCUCCAUUCUAGAAAACUAGUAAUGAUUUGCUGAUGUAGCAAAAUAAUGAUGAUAUAGCAGUGGUCAAAUCUUUAAUUUCGUUUAAAGUGGGAAAGUAAUAUGAGUGCUCCACCUUCCGUUUCUCCAUGUUAUCCUGAUCAGCCCAUUUUUUCUUUUAUUUUAUAACCAUAGGCCCAAAUGUUGUGUGUACAUAUUGUUUGCUUCUUGAAUCCUCGUGACUUGUACAACAGAGAAGUUCUAAUGGGAAUAUAGGAAGCCCAUUGUAUGAGUUAAACAGUCAAAAUAAGCCCCCCGGUUUUUAUUAACGUCAUUAAUUUUUUUAAGUCGUCUCUUGAUUUAUGAUCAUGACCGUGAAGGGUGAGUAAUUCCCUCAUGAACUGUACAAUGGAGAAAAGCAAAAUACAAAUGCUAUAUGAUGCCUGUAACGAUGUAUUUUCCCAGAAGGAGCUUCCAACUUUCCAACAAAUUCAAUGGCUGAAGAGCAUCUUAAAUAUAUUUGAAGCUGCUGAUGUUGGUAUAGAUGAAUUUAGCUUGGAUGGAUCUCCAAGUUCAAGCCCCAAGAUCACCAACGGGUUGAUUUCUGGGCAAGGAGUUUCUGAAAUAACUUACAUUCACAUCUAUGAAUGCGACAAUUUCUCGAUGGGAAUUUUUUGCUUCCCGGCUGGCAGGACCCUUCCUCUUCAUGAUCACCCUGGGAUGACGGUUCUAAGCAAACUUCUUUAUGGUUCAGUUUAUGUCAAAGCCUAUGAUUGGGUGCGGGGGGAGAACAAUAGCCCCAGAACAAAUGGACUAGCAGGCACUGUGAUCAAUGGCGUCUUCAAUGCACCCUGUGAACCAUCCGUCCUGUUUCCAAGGAGUGGUGGAAACAUCCACUCUUUCACUGCCUUGACUCCUUGUGCUAUCUUGGACGUGUUAUCUCCGCCAUACUCCGAUGACUUUGAGAGGCCUUCCACUUACUUCUUCGAUUUCCCUAUCCCUUCACUUCCUGGCUAUGCUCUGCUUGAGGAAAGAGAACUAAAACUACCAUAUGACUUGGUCGUUAACGGGGCACCCUACGUUGGUCCUCCACUUGAUGUUGGACAAGAUCUUUGCUAACUUGAGCUAGUAGAAUUCCCUAUGAAAAGAAUGGAGCCGUUUUCACUUUCCUACCUCUUUUAAUUUAGUAUUGUAAAGAAGGUAGACACUUGGUGGCUGGUGCUGUCGUGCUGCCAUAUGUUUAGAAAAUGUACAUGAAAAUUUCCACUCCUUUACCCCUCCAUCCCAUCCAUGAAAGUGAAUGCAGUAACCUUGUGUUCCAAGUGUGUAAGUGCCAAUGAAAUCCUCUGUAAGCCAAAAAACAAAGGAAAAGAGAAAAAAAAAAAAAAAGGAAAUUAGAAGCUUUAUAAGCCUGUAAUAUAUCUAUUAUACCCUCCCAUACAUGUAUAUUUCAGAAA